UUUUGGCGCGCACCCUGCCGUCGGCGGCAGUCUGAUUGACGACAUGCAGAGGACAGCCAUGUCCGAGGCAUGAUCCGGGAUUCCCUUCAAAAGACCCUGGAUCUCGCUUUAGAGACAAACAAGAACGUGCAGCAGAACAAUGCUCAGAACGCAGUGCUGUUUGAGGCUAUCAACCUCAUCAUCCACCUCGACACGGAGCAGGCGCUGAUGCAGCAGAUCUCGUCGCGCCUCGGCAAGUUCAUCCAGUCGCGGGAGACCAAUGUCCGCUACCUGGGCCUUGAAGCCAUGACGCACCUGGCUGCGCGGGCGGACACGCUCGACCCUAUCAAACAGCACCAGGAGGUCAUCAUCGGAUCGCUGAAAGACCGGGACAUUAGUGUCCGACGGAAAGGUCUCGACCUGCUGUACAGCAUGUGCGACGCGUCAAACGCCCGUGCCAUCGUUGGCGAACUGCUCCAUUACCUGCAGAACGCAGAUUUUGCCAUCCGGGAAGAGAUGGUGCUCAAGAUCGCCAUCUUGACCGAGAAGUAUGCCACGGAUGUGCAGUGGUACGUCGACAUAUCACUGCGCCUGAUCGCCAUGGCGGGCGACCAUGUCAGCGAUGAGGUGUGGCAGAGAGUGAUCCAGAUCAUCUCCAACAACGAGGAGCUGCAGGUUUACGCCGCCCGGAACAUCCUCCAAUACUGCAAGCAAGACCACUGCCACGAGACGCUGGUCAAGAUUGGCGCCUACAUCCUCGGAGAGUUUGGGCAUCUCAUCGCCGAGGAACGGGGAUGCAGCCCGAUCGAGCAAUUCCUGGCGCUGCAAAACAAGCUGCCCGCGUGUGGCUCGAGCACUCGGGGCAUGAUCCUGUCAUGUUUCAUCAAAUUCGUCAACCUCUUCCCGGAGAUCAAGCCGCAGCUCGUCAACGUCUUCAGCGUCUACAGUCACACGCUGGACCCCGAGCUCCAGCAACGGGCAUGCGAGUACCUGACGCUGGCGAACAUGCCUACGGACGACCUUCUGCGGACCGUCUGCGACGAGAUGCCGCCGUUCCCCGAGCGCGAAUCGGCUCUGCUCUCCAGGCUUCAUCAGAAACACUCCAAGACGAGCGACAAGAGGACCUGGGUCGUUGGCGGGAAGGACGCCAACUCGGAUGCGGCCGAGCUCAGCAUGGCCAAACAAGGCGGGCUUAGGAGGGCCUUCACCACAAAUUAUCAGACGAACGGCGGCACGCCCGCGACCAACGGGCACUCGGCGGCCAACGACCUUGCGGGCCUGGACAUGAACAACCUCGGCCCCGCCGAGGCCAAGGCGCUCAAGCCGCCCAACCUCGCCAGCGCCGCCCACCUGUCGCCCGGCUGGGAGCGGGGCUACAACCGGCUGCUCCUUCGGGCGGACGGUGUGCUCUACGAGGACGGGCAGCUGCAGGUUGGUGUGCGGUCCGAGUACCGCGGCCAGAUGGCCUGCCUGAUCCUCUACUUCACCAACAAGACGCCCGCCCUCAUCUCAUCCUUCACCACCACGCUCGACCUGGACGAGUCGGAGAAGGGCAAGCUCACCUGGGACAUCAAGGGGCUGCCCGAGACCGCCCUCGCCCAGGGCGCCCAGGCCCAGCAGGUCAUCAUGUUCGAGGCCAAGCGGGUCUUCGAAAAGAGCCCUACCAUCCGCAUCAGCUACCUCGCCGGUGCCUUGCAGGCCCUCACGCUGAAGCUGCCCGUAACCAUUCACAAGUUUAUGGAUCCCGCCGAGCUGUCGUCCGACGAUUUCUUCAAGCGGUGGAAGCAGAUCGGGGGUUCGCCGCGGGAGGCACAGCAGAUCUUUGGACUGGUCAAGGCGAACGAGAGGGAGAUCACCGAGAGCUUCAUCAGGACCGUGGUGGAAGGGUUCCGGUGGGGUGUUCUUCCUGGAGUUGAUCCCAACGCCAAGAACUUUGUGGGCGCCAGCGUGGUGCAUACGUCCGAGGGCGGCAAAUACGGCUGUCUGAUGCGACUGGAACCUAAUUACCAGAGCCAGAUGGUGCGGUUGACGAUCAGGGCAACGGACGAGUCCCUGCCGCCGGUGCUGCUGAAGCUGAUGCAGGAGAGAAUUUCCAAGGGGGUGUCGACGGUGGUACAAGAGAAACAUGUUCCUCCUACCAUGUCCGAGAUCUCGGACGCCUUCAGGAAUGUCAUGGUCACGACAAGCAGUAGGUAAAUGGUAGUGGUAAUCUAAUCAAGUGCGCGGGGAGUGACAGACGGAGCGAGAGAAGAACAAAAAGAAAUACAUACCCAGUCAUUUUGUUUUGAAUGGCGUUUUGUCCUGAGACCGUGCUAGUCAACUGGGGUUAAAAGGGUGAUGCCAACGCUGUGUUAUAAUAGUCACCGAUAGUUGGGUCCUCGUUGUAGUGACCUGUAAUGAGCGUGUUACUGGAUCAACUACUGCC